AUGGCCACCGCUCGCCUCCGCCGCAAAGUCUCCCGGAUGGCUUUAUCUCCGGACGUUGCCAAACCGUCAUUGAACAAAGAUCGGAAGAAAAGGGAAAGACCAGGGCCGUUUGCGGCAAUGAACCAGACAGAAGCGCGCAUCCGCGACACUCCAAGAACAAGAUCUCAAGCAGCUCUAAAACGUUCGGGUGAUUCAAAAGAAGAGGCUCAGAAGAAAGAAAGCCCCCUUUACAAAGCGUUGAAGAUGCAGACUACGUUGGCUCCCGUUCCUUACGGCAAGCGCACGGCCGUUAAGGCGAAGAUUGCCGAUAUCACGAGCUUCGACCAGUUUCCCCUGCUGCCUGUCGUCCGCAACUCGAUCGUCUCCCAGGCGUUGCCCGGUUUGAUGGAGGUGACACCGACGCCAAUUCAGCGUCUCGCCAUCCCAAAACUUUUGGAAGAGUCAAAGCCGGACAAGAAGCCGGUUAAGACUGACGAUGACGAACCUCACUACGACCAAUUCCUUCUCGCAGCGGAGACUGGUUCGGGGAAGACAUUGGCGUAUCUUCUCCCUGUUGUCGACGCGGUCAAGCGUGCGGAAGCAGUAGACAAGGAACUGGAAAAGAAGGAAGAGGAAGAGAAAGCUAGAGAACGGGAGGAGAAGAUGAAGAAUAAGGCUUUUGAUAUCGAGCCAGAACUUCCCCCUCUUUCGAAUGCGGGUAGACCACGGGCAAUCAUUCUCGUCCCAACCUCCGAGCUUGUAGCUCAGGUGGGCGUGAAGGUGAAGGCUUUGUCCCACACAGUCAAAUACCGUUCCGGUAUGAUCUCAUCCAACCUUACUCCGCGCCGAAUCAAGAAUACGUUGUUCCAUCCUGAUGGUAUCGACAUCCUCGUUGCCACUCCUCAUCUGCUCGCGUCCAUUGCCAAGACAGAGCCAUACCUGCUCAGUCGUGUCAGUCAUCUCGUCCUUGACGAGGCGGACUCCCUCCUAGACCGAUCUUUCGCACCGACCACCACGGAGAUUAUCAGCAAGGUGGCUCCUUCUCUUCAGAAACUGAUUCUGUGCUCCGCCACCAUCCCACGCAGCCUUGACAACCUCCUACGGAAGCGCUAUCCAGACAUCAAACGACUAACAACACCAAACUUGCAUGCCAUUCCUCGUCGCGUACAGUUAGGUGUGGUGGACAUUGAAAAGGAUCCGUAUCGCGGCAACCGAAGCCUGGCUUGUGCGGAUGUGAUAUGGUCAAUCGGCAAAGCAGGCGACUCUGAAGUCUCGGGCCCAUACUCCUCCUUCCUCGAGCCGAAGACCAAGAAGAUUCUAGUCUUUGUCAAUGAGCGCGAAGAGGCAGAUGAAGUCGCCCAAUUCCUGCAGUCGAAGGGUAUAGACGCACACUCACUCUCUCGCGAUUCCAGCGCCCGGAAGCAAGAGGAGAUACUGGCUGAAUUCACGGAGGCACCACCCCCACCCAGCCCCGACGAAAUUAUGCUGGCUCAGAAACAGCGUCGCCAUGAAGACCCGAUUCCGUUUGAAAUGCCCAAACGGACGAAUUCUGGCGGUUCCACCCGCCGGCUCCCGAACACCAAGGUGCUCGUCACGACUGAUCUGACCUCCCGAGGUAUCGAUACGCUAGCAGUCAAGACCGUCAUUCUCUACCAUGUACCACACACGACCAUUGACUUCAUCCACCGGCUCGGCCGUCUCGGCCGCAUGGGCAAGCGAGGCCGCGGUGUUGUGCUGGUAGGCAAGAAAGACCGGAAGGACGUGGUCAAGGAGGUUCGGGAGGGUAUGUUCCGCGGUCAGGCACUGAUCUAA